AUGGAAAAGUUCGUUAUGAGUGGUCUCAUAUUGUUUGUGGUGCUAUUCACUACAGGACUUGGAGUAGCAUCAGCUGCUUGGUUGCGAGCUCAUGCAACUUUCUAUGGUGGGAGUGACGCAUCAGGCACAAUGGAAGGUGCAUGUGGGUAUGGAAAUCUAUACACGGAUGGUUAUGGUACAAAAACAGCUGCUUUGAGCACUGUUUUGUUUAAUGACGGAAAAUCAUGUGGUGGUUGCUACACUAUAGUAUGUGACGCAAACCAAGUGCCCCAAUGGUGCCUUAGGGGCACUUCCAUCACUAUCACUGCCACAAAUUUCUGCCCCCCAAACUAUGCUCUCCCUAAUGACAAUGGCGGUUGGUGUAAUCCUCCUAGACCACACUUUGACAUGUCUCAACCUGCAUUUGAGACAAUAGCCAAGUACAAAGCUGGAAUUGUACCAAUUUUGUACAGGAAAGUUGGGUGCAAAAAAAGUGGUGGCAUCAGAUUUACCAUCAAUGGGAGAGACUAUUUCGAAUUGGUGCUUAUAAGCAACGUUGGUGGAGGUGGAGAGAUUUGUGGUGUUUGGAUCAAAGGGUCGAAAAUGAACAAGUGGGAAAGCAUGACAAGAAAUUGGGGUGCUAACUGGCAAAGCCUGAGAUAUCUGAAUGGUCAGAGUUUGUCUUUCAAAGUUCAAAUCUGCAAUGGGAAGACUCGCACGGCAAACAAAGUAGCACCGUCCAAUUGGAGAUUUGGCCAGUCUUUCAACACCAAUGUUCAGUUCUGA